CGUUUCUCUCACUAGAGCAUCGAACCUCGCCCGUAGGCCACAUACCGUUUGUUUACUCACGUUCAAAAAGCCGACAUGCCAUAAUCUGCAUUUUAUAUUCAAACAAUAAUUUUAUUCAGAGAAAAUCAGUGUACAAUGUGGUUCAGUCUUGUCCCUCUAGCGGUUUUGUUAUCGCUUAUUGUUCUGCUUGUGGUUUUUCACUACUCUUCAAAUGGAAGAAAAUACUGGCUACAAAGGAAAGUACCUUACGAAGAACCGUGUCCUAUUUUCGGGAACUUCGGCGCUGCUCUGACAGCCCGGCGCAGCUAUGCAGAGAUGUUAAAAUAUUUAUAUGAGAAGUACAAUAAGGAAAAGUAUGUCGGCAUUUUCCAAGCGCGCCGACCGAUACUGAUGGUACUGGAUAUGGAUAUAGCGAAGACUAUAUUUUCAACAGAUUUUGCUUGUUUUAGUGACCUGCGAGUAUCGUCAACGGACACCAGGCGAGAGCCUCUAUUAAGAAAUGUGAUAAAUAUGAGCGGUGCAGAGUGGAAGGCGAUGCGGCAAAUUAUUAGUCCAACGUUCUCUUCAGCAAAAAUGAAAGGGAUGUUUCCGCUUAUAUCAGAGUGCGCGCAGAACCUCAGGAAUGUCUUGCUUAAUUCUCUCGGAGAGGUCGAUGUCCCUGAAGUGAUGUGUCGCUACACGACCGACGCCGUAGGAAGUUGCGCAUUCGGUGUCGACCCCGGAACGCUGAGAAAUCCUGAAUCUCCCUUCUUCAUAAUGACAAAGAAAAUGUAUCGAGUAGACCGUACGGCCAUUCUGAAACGCUACUGUCGGACGUAUGUCCCCAGAUUGUUCAAAUUGCUGAAUUUUAGGAGUUAUCCUCCAGACGUCGAAGCAUUUUUCACGUCCGCUAUAAGCCAGGUGCUCGAAGAGAGACGCUCCGGCGUCCAAAGAAAUGAUUAUUUACAAUUGAUGUUGAAUGUUCAGAAGACUGAAAAAGAGUUCGAACUGACUGAUGCCCUAAUUACAUCUAAUUCGUUUACAUUCAUGUUGGCGGGGCUUGAAACGUCUUCAACGACCUUAUCGUUUUGUUUGUAUCAGUUGGCUAAAGACAAAGAGCUACAGGAUCGGGUCAGGGAUGAGAUAAAGGAAUGUAUGGAAAGGCACGGCGGUUUGAAUUUUGAGGCGGUAACAGCUAUGAAGUUUGCUGCUCAAGCGGUUACUGAGACGCUGCGCUUGCACCCGCCGGUGCCAAUGGUCACUCGCCUCUGCACCUCGCCUUGUGUGCUCUCUGGCACUGAUUUGAAAUUUGAACUCAGAAACUCAGUGCUUAUCCCUAUCCAGUGCAUGCAACGCGAUGCUCGCUAUUUCCCAAACCCUGAAAAGUUUGAUCCAGAACGAUUUAACGGUCCUAAUCCACCAACUAUUUAUGCCUUCGGUGGCGGUCCAAGAAGUUGUCCCGGGGGUCGUUUCGCUUACCUGGCGGUGGUGGCAGCCCUCGCGGCCAUACUGAGAGAUCUGGAGGUGGUGCCGAGCGCGCGAACUACUCCAUGUAUUGAAUACGACCCCAGGAGCUUCAUUCUGAAAAACAAGGGCGGCAUAUAUCUUGAAUUCAAAUCUUUAUAA